AUGUCGCAUCUGGUGAAGAAGCUCGUGAGCGCGGGGAUGUUCCCCGGCACGUUGAGCAGCUACGACGCGUCCUCCGUCCCACAGCUGCUGCUCCUGCCGCGCCUUGACAACCCCGAGCUGAAGAUUCCGCUCUUUCUUCUACUCUCGCAUCCGCGCACGAACCUCCGGCAGCACCUGAGCACGCAGAUUCAGCUCUUCGAGCUGCUCACCUCGCACCUGCGCCAGCUCGAGCGCCACUACUGCCUCUCGCUGGACCACCUCGCGCGCUCCCGCGGGAAGAGCCUCCGCCCCGCGACGGCGCGUGUCCCCCCAGACGCAGGCGCCAAGUCGCCGCAGUCCUCCUCGGACUGCCUGCUCUCCCCCGGCGCGGCCUCCGCGGGCGCGGCGAGUCGCGAGGCGGCGAGUCGCUCGGAGGCGUGCAGGCCGGUAGAGGAGCGCAUCUCCAGGCUGGAGCGGUGCCUCGCGCAGACGCGGCGCCUCCUGGUGCUUCUUCACAGACACGUCAUGCUGCAGCAGCAAGUCCUGCGGCGCGAACUCGUUCAAGGCAACGCGACGCACGACGAGGGAAGCCUCGCGUGCUCGGACCUCUGCACAUGCGGCGGUCGCUGUCUGUUCGCCGCCGACGCCCCCGCGCAGGAGGUAAAACCUCAUCCUGCGCCAAAACGGCGACGGCCUAGCGCGCGCCACCGAGACGUGGAGGCAGCCGGGAGAGGAGGUAGCGCGGGCGCGUCGCCUCCGUCUCCACUCCUGUCGCCGCCUCCACGGGCGCAUGGCGCAGGAACCUCGGGCGCUGCUGACUCGUCCCGGGCGUCUUCCGCUGCGGUCUCCUCGGAGCUGCUCUCGGGCUCGGUCUCCUCUGCGGCACGUUCUGCCUCCGGCGGCGUCUCCUUUUCGGCGAGCGCGGCGGAGGACGCCGUGUCGUCGCUCUUUCGCGGACCGACGUCUCGCGUGGUGUCCUGCCCGUACCUAAUCAUCUACGCGCAUGGAAACGGCAGCGACAUCGGCGACAUCUACUCGCGGUCGCGGAUGCUGUCGCAGCGGCUGCAUGCGAACUUCCUCCUGUUCGACUACCCAGGCUACGGCAAGUACGCGGGCGCCGCAGACGAGGCCUCGGUCGACCUCACGCUUCAGUCCGUCCUCGCCUUCGCGAUGCAUCGCCUCCACUGGCCUCCACAGAAAAUCAUCUUCUGGGGGACUUCAAUCGGCACGGGCCCCUGUACGCGCGCCGCCCGACGCCUCGCAGGCUCCGUCCUGCUCACACAGCGGCGACGCCUCGCCCAUCUGCUAGCCGCGGCCGCCGAGAGGCCCGCGAGCGAGGCGGACGCCGCCUCUGCGGCGCAGCAGGACACAGAAAAAACCGAGAGCGGAAAAACAGAGACGGAACAAACGGAGACGGAAGACCGCGACGGUGAGCAGCGUGGGGCGUCGGCAAGAGCGGCCGCAGAGAGGCGACAGCGAAAGCGAGGCGACUUUUUUUGCAGAGGAGAGGAAGAGAGCGAGUCCUGGAGUCGACAGGGGGACUGGCCUGAGCGCGAGAAGAGUCGGACGCACAAGAAAAAUCCCGUCUCGUUAUUCCUCGCGGGUGUGGCGGCAGCCGCGUUCGCUGCGGCGGGCGGCACUCCCUGGCUAGACGAGGACGAGGACGAAGAGCCAGACCCCAGAGAGUCUUCGGCUGCCUCGCCUGUUCAGGACUGCACCGAAGACUCAAUUCCAGUCAUACCGUCCCCGUGCGCGCCUGCCACCGGAAUCGCGCCGCCGCCGCCCCUCCAUGGCAGCUCGCCUCCAUCCCCUCCGCAGUCUUCUCCUCCUCCCUCUUCUUCCUUCUCUUCUUCUCCCUCUUUUUUUCUCUCUCCUCCUUUCUCGUCUCUCCCUUCUUUGUCUGGGGCUGGUGCGCCUGGCGCUUCUUUGUCUCCUGCGUUUUCUUCGCGGGGCGACGCCGCGGCCGCGGCGUCGCCCCGCCCCGUUGUGGCGUCGCGCGUGGAGGCGCUGCCGGUCCCUGGCGGCCUCGUGCUGCAGUGUCCCUAUCGCUCCAUCACGCAUGCAGCGACGGCGUUUGUGCCGUCGCUCAUCGCGCGCGCGCUCGUUUCCUCCGGAUGGAACGUCGAGAAAGAACUCCUCGCGUGCGACUGCCCCGUCCUCCUGAUCCACGGGCAAGCCGACGAGCUCUUCCCCUGGGAAGGCAGUCUCGCGAUGCUCGACGCCUACCGCGAGGUCUGCCGCCUCCGCCGCGCCCGCGCCGCGGCGGCGGCCGCCGCGACCGCUGCGACCGUCGCCGAGGGCCCUGGAGCCUCACUCGGAGCGAGGGACGCGCCCGCGGUGGAGACGAAGCUCCAAGCCGCGACGCGCCUGGCGGCGGGGCUCUCCGCGUUCGCCAGACGCGAUGUAGACGCGUGGGCAGUUGGGCAUUUCCCCGAGAAGGCGACUCACGGGGACUUUGACUUCUGCAAAGACCUCGUCGCGCCCGUCCAGCGGCUCAUGAAGCAAGGCCAGCAGCGCUGCCUCGAGGCGUUCGUCGGCGAGCUCAUGGCGCUGUGGUCGCUCGCGCUGCAGCCCGCGUCGCCGUCGCCCGGUGCUGGUGCAGUCUCCGUGGAAGACUUUUUCGCAUUCUUCCAGUGCCCCGCGGCGAAGCGCCUCCCCGCCUGCGGGGGUGCGCCGGUGCCCGCAGGGUCUCCUCUGGGCACGUUGCCGCCGGCGACGGAUUUUUCCGAGGAGCCCGGCGGCGGGACCCUUCUCUCGCUCUCGCCCGCUGCGACGCAGUUUUGGGCGGCCGGGGGGCCUACGGGCGCGGCGCCGGAUUGCGUCGCCGACCUGCUUUUUCUUCUGCCGCCGCACUACCUCGCGCGCUUGACGCUGAGUCAUCCACUCGUGAGUCCGCUGCUACCGCGCGUCGCGGACUACUUCCGCCUGAGAGACGUGAACUCCUCGCGCGAGGAGAACGGCAAGAAAGUGACGUCGCUCCGCGGCUGGCUGCGCGGCGACGCCUCGCUCUUCCCCGCCGGGGGCGUGCCGACUCUCUGGCAAGGGGUGCGCGCCACGGGCGACAGCGAGACAGACGAGACAGGCAGCGACGACGACGCCUCGCGCGGGGAGAGACGAAGGAGCUCGGAGUGUUCGGAGGAAGAGUCGGGCGACGACGCAGGCUCCGAGGCAGCCGAGGUCGGCUCGACCCCGCGACGGAGUGCCUCCGCGGUCCCCCCGGCGUCGCUCGCCGACCUCGCGGAGGCCUCUCGAGCUCUCUCCGCAGCUUCCUCGCCCCGCGCGUCUUCCUCCUCCUCUUCAGAGGCGGCAGAGUCUUCAGACUCCUGGGAGUCCUCUCGCGCGUCGGCCUCCUCGCCGGCCGCAUCCAGCCGCGGAUGGGCAGCAGUCGUGCGGGCGCAGGCGGCGCAGACUGCGCGCGACCAGCGGCACGCGCGCCGGCUACGACGCGAGCGGAAGAAGGCCUUCGCGAACGCGUUCGCCGCAGACCCGCCGGCGCCGCCGUGUCUGACUCUUCCGCCGCUGCAGGACAACUUGCUGCAGAAUUUCUCUUCGGCCGGCGCGUUGCUCGGCUUCCUCGCGCACCGCUACUCGCUCUUCCUCUCCAGUCUCCUCGCCGUCGCGCGCGAGCGCUUCCCUGCGCCGCUCGCGCUCAGCAGCCGAGGCGGUCCAGAGGCCUGCGCCGACGACGCUCUGCUGGCGGACGUCGAGUUCUUCGUGCGGCGUCUUUACAUUCUGCUGCAGCCGUCGCUCUUCGUGGACGCAGUGUACAAGCGGUGGCGCGGCGAGCAGCGGAGAGGAAGAUCCGGCGGCCGACGCGGCUCGGGGAAGGGCUUGCGAGACGAGACGUUCGCCCUCGACAGCUUGGUCGUUGCAGGGGUGCGGCUCCGCCUUGCGCCGCCGCAGACUGGGAAGGGCGCGCUGGUAUCUCGGUCGUCCUUUCCAGGCGUCCUGAGCGCCGAGUACCUGCCGCUGCGUCGGCCCGCGCCUUCGCUUCGACAGCCACAGACAGGCAGUCGACGAAAAAGGCGAGACACGCAGGCCGAUGACCCAGAAGCUGCCGCGACGGCAGGCGGCGCCGCCGAGUCGCGCGGCGCCCACGCGAGUGCACACGGCUCGCCAGAGAGGUCGAGCCGAAGAGGCUCUGGCGGAGGAAGAAGACGGCGUUCGUCGGGCGACAAGGCUGGGCGGGGUAGUAGGAGUAGAGUCCCUCGCGAGCGGCUGUCGCCACUGCAUGCGCUCUUUCCCUCGCCGAAGUACCUCUUGUUCCCCGUCUUCGUCCCGCCGCUGCCGUCGCUUCGCUCGACUGUGCAGUGGCUGCUCGAUGCGCUGGCGCUGGCGGGUGAGGAGAAGGAGGAGGCUGCGUCUUCCUCUCGUCGCUUCGCGGCUCAGUCGGCGGCCUCCUCCACCGAACUGCAUCCGCACAUCUCGUCUUCCUCUUCGCCCUGCGCCGCCGAAGCGACCGCGUCUCUCGCGGAGGCCGCGCCUCCUCCCGCGCUUUCGGCGCCUCCCUGCGCGGCGGGUUCCGCCGCUUCCGCUACUUCCUCUCUCUCGCCGCUGGAAAGAGGCGACCCGCCGCGGGAGCCUCAGUCUGCGUCGUCGCGUCGUGCGGCUCUUUCUCGCAAAGAAAACUUCUUGCGCGCGACGAAGAAGCAGAUCUCCCUCCUGUUUGCCAACCAACUUCUGCACCAGCUGCUCCAGUCGGGGCUGCGGCCCGCCUUUGAGGUUCUAGGCGCGGCGCCGACUCCCACGCGGGUGCCGAGCUCCGUGAAGCCUCCCUUCUCGUCGGCCUGCGCUUCUUCUUCCUCGGCGGCGGCGGACGCCUCGCGCGCGGAGGCUGCUGCGUCUGGCGCGGAGGAAGGGACACGCGGCGGCGUGCCGGUGGUAGCGGGCGCGGGACGCGACUUCGUCGCAGGGGGCAACUUCUUUCCGUUCGGGUGGGAUACAUUGUUCCUCCAUUUUUUCCGUCACCACUUUGGCUGCUUUCUGCCGCGCCUCGUUCCUUCGCGCUUCCUCGCUCCCGAGUUCCUGCAGACUCCACACCCCGCCGCCGACGCGAGCUCCUCCGCGGCGCUCGCCGCCGCGCCGCAGCAGGCGCCGACCUUGGGCGCCUUGCCGACCUCGACCUUCUCCUCGCCGUCUCCGCUCUUUUCUCGCCCGCCCCUGGCGGCCGUGGGGUCUGCGGCCCGCUGGGGCGAGGACCCCGAGGGCCUGCUCCGGGGCUUUCAGCGCGCAGAGCAGUUUUCGCAGCUGCGGCAGGCGCUUCUGCAAGGCGGCGCGGAGGCGUCGGCUCUGGCGCCCUUCUUCGCGCCGGAGAACUUUGCAAACGUCGCACGGACGGCGGCGGCGGCCAGCGCGGCGUCCCUCGCCUCGAUGCUCUCCUUCAGCCUGCCCAUGUCGCUCGGAUGCGCUUUCCUGCUUGCCCCCCCCGGCGGCUCUGCGCGGCCGCUGCCCCUGACGCGAGGUCGGACUCUGCCGCAGGAGGAGGGCCCGCGCGACUUGCGCCGCGCGCGUGUCUUCCACUGGCGGGAGCUGACUGUCGCGGAGUCGCUUCUUGCCCAGGCGCCGCAUCUCGUCGCGCUCGCCGACGCCCUCGACCUGAAUCGCGCGGCGCACACGGCGGUCGCGGCCGCGGCGCGGGAAGACUCGCCCCCAGGAGACAGGGAGGGUCGUGGCGAGCCUCAGACCGGCGGCCGAAGGGGCGCGGACGCAGAGGCGCGAGACAGCGAGGCGGAGGGCGUCGUGCGGCACCACGCGGCGGGCGCAGCUGUGGAGGGGGGGUGGCGAGAAGGCCGCAGGAAGGCCCUCGCGCCGCAGCUGCUGGCUGGUCUGCCGCCAUCUCUUCUCAGCGCCACCCGGCGGGCUGCGGAGCGCGCGCGUGCGCGGGAGGAACAGACGCGUGCCGAGAGCGUCGAGCGGUACCACGCGUCGGGCGACGAGCCGCGAGAGCGACGAAAGAAGCAUGUCGCAUCUGCGUUGUCCUUCCUCCCCUUCGGCAGCAAGGCUCAGGGCGCUCAGCGCGGCGAAACGCCGAACAAAUGCGGCGGCAGGCCGCUUGCCGUGGGCGAUAUCGAGAGCCCGCUGCGCCGAGACGACGCGGCGGCGGGCGACCUACGGCAUGCGAGCGAGGAGAGCGCGGCGGCCGAAGAAGACGGCGAUGGCCCAAGUCAUGAAAAGGCGCGCGAGGCUUGGCAGCGAGAGGCGCCGAUUCUCUCUUUUUUUCAAAGCAGCUUCGUGUUCAGUCAGCCAAUGUUCUGCCUCUCUGAGUUUCCCCAGAGGCCCGUGCGCGGAGGCUCUUCGUCCCCGCCGCUCGCCCCGUCUUUCCGCUUGCCCUCCAGGUUCCUGGCGGCGCUCCGCGGGUGCCUGGAGGCGCACGACGCGCGCGGCCGCCCCCCGCCUGCGGCCGCAGAGGCCGGGAGAGGGACCGGCGUUUCCGUGGAGAGAAAAGGAGACACCUCGCAGGCGGAGGCCGCUCGCGCGGCCGGGAGACACGGAGAGGGAGACGAGAUGGUGCAGGACUUUCCGCGAGGCGAACGCGAGGCGGGCGCGCAGAUCAAAACAGACGACGUGGCGUGGGCAUUCUUCUGCGCAUGCAGGGAGGCGGAUCCUGUGGAGGGGCGGAAGCGCCGCGCGGAUGAGUCCCCCGCGCCCUCUCGAGGGUCUGCAGAAGACAGACGGCACUCAGGAGGGGAGGCGUGCGGCAAUCAGGCGAAUUGCGAGCGCGAGCUGAACGGCUUCUUCUUUUCUUCCUCUGUUUCGUCGCCUGCGCCGUCUUCUUCUCCUCGCAGCUGCGUCGCCCUGCAGCAGCCGUCGCCUCCGGAGCUCCGCGACCCGCCCUCGGGAGCCUCCUCGACGACAGCGCCCUCGAGAGAAACGAGCGCGGAAGGCGCGGCUGAGGACGCGAGCCGGGCGCGGGGCGUAAAGGACACGCCGACGCAGACGACGACGCCAUGCCGCCAGUCCUCGGUUGCGUCUCUCCAUGCAACGCCGUCGCCGCUCCCCGCGGGUGCGACGUCUCUGCUCGGCAGGCCUAGCUCUGCCCCCUUCGCGUCGUCUCCGUGCGCAGGGGGGACCCUUCCCGACCGCACACCGUCUGCGGGCGCCGGCGCUGCGGUGCCCAGCUCUGCUUCUCCGCCCCCCUGCGCGCGCGAAGCGGACGAGAGGCGCGCCGCGGCGUCGGCACUGUUUCUGAGUGGCGCGGGCGACUGCAGAAGGAUCGACACGGACGAAGCAGGGCGGGUGGCUGGUGAAGAGACAGAAGACAGCCGGUCGCACGAGGCGCGGACAGGCGAGGAGGAAGAAGACGGAGAGGAUGAAGGCGACGACGGCAGCCUUCCAGUGCAGGAGAUGCCGAUUCGGCCUGCGCCUCCUCGCGCCAGGAGCAGCUGCCCUCCCCUUUCGGGGGACUUACAGGGAAAGUCCUACUCGCAUCUCUUGCCGGUCGACACGACAACUGUACGCGACGAGCAACGAACGCUGGCAGAGUGGAGUCUGCUCGCCGCGCUGGUUCGCGCCGAACUCGCGACCGCGUCCCUUCUGCGCCGCUCGACGACGCUCCAGUUAGGGUCCUCGGGCUCGGGCGGGGUCCCGGAGGGAGACACGGACAUCGCACGGGGCGAAGAACGUCACGGGGCGGAGGAGCCCGAGCGCCACCGUUCAGAUGGAGAGAGUGAAGGGGACGGAGGAAACUCCGACGAGGAAGAACUGCUGCGGCUUGUCCUCGGCGCAAAGCCUGUUCAGGGCUGGAAAGCAGCGGCGUCUCCGACCCUCCCCUUUCACCCGCUGACGGUCGCGCUCGAGCGCCUGCUGCUGUACGCGUUGGACCAGCUGCAUCGCUACGACUCGGCUCCGCUUUCGACGCAUUUGCUCCCUUCCUUCCCGGUCGUCCCCUUUUCUUCUUCACUCUUGCCCUUUCUCCCGCGAAAACUCGCUGCGGCGAACCCGAGUCCAGCGUCUGCAUCGCCCAGCUGCGCGUACGGACAUUCCUGGGCGGCGCACGCCCCUCCGCACGUUCCCGCUCGUCCGCCAGGAUUCGCGUCCUCGUCCUCUACGAUGCCCUCCCUGCCGCAACCGCGUGGACCCUUCUUCCCGCGCGCGCCUCCUGUCGCAGCGCCACCUGCUUUCGACUCGUCGGCGGCCGCCUCGGCGUCCCAGCACCUCUCGUCGUCCUUUUCACCUCAUCAGGGGGCAUCGCGUCCGCCAGCCCCUCUCGCCGGCUGGGGGGCUCCUUCAUCUGCGUCGGGCGCGUCUGCAGCGCCCAGUCGCCAGGCCCUACAGGAAGACCGCGGGCUGGCAGACUCGCUGGCGGCGUUGCCUCCGCUCGAGCCGCGGGCGCCUCCCGCCGCGGCAGAGUCGGCGGAGGCAGCGGAGCCGGCGGCUUGGGCUCAAGGGCGGUCGGCUGGAGCCCAGUCAACCCCCCGAGGCGACAGUAACGCGGUCGACAAGUUUGAGGGAGGAGACGCCCUGCUAGACACGCACAGAUCCGGCGCUGGCGGCGGAGGGUGCCCCGCUCAACGCCUCCCGGCGCCUCGACACGAGGGCGACGCACGCGAGGCUCCUUUGGGCUCUUCUGCAUGCGGCGCGCCCGACGACCGCAAGAGGACGGUGGAAAGGCUGAGAAGCGGCGAGAUGCCUUUGCUGGAAGUCCCCAACGUCCUGCUCGCCAAGUCCGUGUGUCUCGAUAGGCUCAUGAGAAGGGACAGCACGGAGCCCGGGGCUGGGGCUCCACGGACGCAAUCGGCGACAGCCGGCGAGCGCCUCAGGGCGUCAACAGUCUCUCGCGCUCCAAGCCGGGCGCUGUCCCCUCGUCUGCGGAGCUAUAUCGGAGGCGGCUCGCCCGGGGCACAGCACGAGAGAGGGGGAGGCCCUGAUAUGCUUGCAUCGGGUUCUGAUCUCUGCGGCGACACGUCCCCCAGCUGCGGCCGUCUCUCCUCCCUGCCAUCUCGUCUGCUGCCUCCCCUCUCGGCUGCGGCCAGCGGAGGCCCGCAGUCGGCUCGGGGUCACUUUUCUUUGGAGACGGCGAGCACCCUGCGCGAGCGAGGCCAGCUCGUGUUCCUGCCUCAUGCCGGCGGCGCGGCGCCCGUCUUCGACGCGCCCGUGGCCCUUCGAGCCCGUCCCCCAGGAGGAGACCCUGCCGUCGCCGAGCCCGUCUCGCGCGGCGUCUCGGCUCCGCCCCUGUGGGAGGGACACCUGACGAGGCCGGAGGAGAAGCUGCCUCGUCAGGCUCUUUGUCUCCCGGGGAGGGCGAGAGGGGGCGACGGAGAGGGAGUCGGAGCUUUUUCGCAGGGUGAGUCAGCGGGCAGGGCCGCGAGGCGGCGGUCUGUCUGCUAUGUAGGCGACGCCCAGCAGAUCCUUGAGCAGCGGGGGGCGUCAGCUGCAGUUUUGCCGCGUGCUGCCGUUUUUGCGCAGCAGGUCGUCUCGGCUCCGCAGCGUCCGGCUGAAGCUCCGCAGAUGUGCAAAGAUGCGACGCCGCGGUCAGAGGAGCUCCUGAAUAAAGGACUCUCACCGGGCAUGGCCAUCGGGGAGCAGCUCAGGUUGCGUCUUGGGCUCGAGUCAACGGCGGGGUCGUCUCGUGAGAUCGGAGGGGGAAGCUGCCCCGAUCUCCAGCCCUCCCAGCAACUGGCUGUCCAGGCGUCGCAGCUGCUCGCGCAUGCGGGUGUCCCAGGAGACGGCAUGCGGGAGCGGAGCACACGCAGAGAGGGGAAUGGGGGAACCCGCGCAGACACAGGAACCACUCAUGGCGAUGAGAGCGGGGGCCCAAUCUUCGCUAUCGACCGCCUCAUGACGAGAGAGGUAGAAGACUCGGUUUCGGAGUUAGGGGGCAGCCGGGAAUCUUGUGAUUCCUUCCUGCGCUGCAUAUAG